AUGACUAUGAACACAACGAUGAACAUAGAAGUUGAACUUGCCCUAAGAGCGCUGCAGCUUAUAUUUGCAAUCAUUGUUAUGGGAACAGACGGGCAUGCUAUCCAUGUUUUUCGCGGCCAUACUGCCUAUGAACAUUUUGACAUUGGCAAUUUAUAUGUUUACUAUGGUGUCCCUGAUGCCUGGGGCUUUUUGAUGUUCUGUGCCGGCUGGACAUUUUUGGGCGUUUUCUUCUUUCUUAUUGCUAGAAUCCGUUAUGCGGAUCAUGCACUGGUUGGCUAUGUGCGUCUCGCCGUCGAAGCUAUAGCUUUUUUGUCGUGGCUAGCUGGUUUUAUUGCUGUGGCUGUCAACAUAGGAAGCCAACAAUGUCCGGCUGAAGAGAACGGCUGCGGGCUGCUCAUUGCAGCGACAGUCUUUGGAGCGUUGGAGUGGCUACUGUUUCUAUUUACUACGAUCAUUACUAUCAACCUCGUCUUCAACGGCAUUCACAGGCCAAAGGUAUCUAUGGCCAGCCAUACUAAGCCACCGGCAUAG